AUAGUCCAUUCACGUGAUAAGAAACCAAAAGGGGCAUUUUGGGGAAACUCGAACUAAUUCAUACUCCCCGCCAUCGCCAAACGCCAAAAAUCCACUGUCCAGCCAACAAAUUCACAGUAACCGCCAUGAAUCAGAUUCUACGCCUCUUCCUCUUGCUCACCCUCACCUCCGCAUUCGCCGCCGCAGCUCAGACGCCCACCGCCGCCUGUUCCGACAGGCUGGUCACAUUCUCCACGUGUCUCCCUUACGUUGCCGCCGCCCCCAAUAAUCUCACCAGCUCACCACCGCCGUCUUGCUGCAACGAAGUUUCCGCCGCUUUCGGCGAUGGUUCCGCCGACUGCCUCUGCUACAUGGUCCGGCGGCCUGAUUUUCUCGGAUUUCCCCUCAAUUCCACCAAGCUGAUGUCUCUCACCUCUGUUUGCCCACUGAAGAAAAGGAAUUCUACGGCGAGUUUCUCUCUCGAAAAGCUCUGUUCGGGGCCAGUGGCAUUGCCUCCUCUUGGAAGCAUAACUGGUUUUAAAAACCCAGCACCUCUCAACUUCGGUGCUAUUAGUGCUCCACCAUCCCUUUCAAGGGCACCUGCUGAAGAAUCAAUUGGCAGCUCAUCACCUAAAGAUCCAGCAGCAGAUAAAGUGCCUUCUCGACCAAGGUUUUCAACUAACUCUGCAAACAUUUCAUCUGCAGCACGAACCAUGUGCAGGCUCAGCGGGACUUGGCUAAGUUUCCCUCUUUACAUACUACUAACUACAGUAUAAACAAACUGCUAUGAGUCACCAACUGCCGGAAUACUUUUGAAUUGUACACAAAGGACUUGUAAAUAAGAACCGAAUGCACCAUCACUUGCAGGAUCAACUUACCAUCUCGUUGUCUUUCAUCUAUCUCAUUUGCUUCCCAC